UCAACAACUCUGCAAUUUACAGUAGUACAAGACAAAGUAUAAGGAAACCUCAAAGCAUGUGUGGUUUCUGGAACAGACUGAUAAUUAAAAACAACUGGAGCUGAAAUGGUGUUAAGCAGAAAUGGCAGAAGGAAAAGAAUGAACCCAAACCAAGGUGUUUUGUUUGGGUCCCACCUUCAAAAUCUGUGACAAAGACGGCAGUUUCAUUGCUUCUUCUUCCCCCUUUUUCUUAUUUGUUUAUUUAUUUAAAUCUCUCUUCCUCUUGAUUUUUUGUUUUUGUUUUUUUAAUAUAAUAAUAAUAAUAUAGUAGACAAGAUGGGAGCUUUGUUUGUAUUACGGCCGUUUGUGAGUUUCUCUCCUCUCAAAGCCAAAAACAAAGUCUUCUCUUUCACACCUUUCAAUCUCAGAAAAUAGAAAAAGUAAAACGUGGGGAGAAGAACUUAGGGUUUUGACAACACCAAGUCCAACAAGCUAAUCUGGGUUUGCAGAAUUGGUGGUAAUAUGGAGGAGGUUGAGGAAGCUAACAAGGCAGCAGUAGAGAGUUGCCAUAGAGUAUUGAGUCUUUUGUCUCAGCCUCAAGAUCAAGUUCACUACAGGAAUUUAAUGGCUGAAACAGGGGAGGCUGUUUUUAAGUUCAAAAGAGUAGUUUCUCUUUUAAACUCUAGUUUGGGACAUGCAAGAGUGAGGAAACUGAGGAAAUUACAAACCCCUUUUCCUCAAAGCAUCUUUUUGGAUUAUCAACGCCAUAACCCAACAGAUUAUCCAUCCAAGGAUUUGCAGCUCGGUUACCAUCAAGAACUUAGUUCACAUGCUAAGAGCUCUCUCUAUUUGGGAACCCCAUGUUUGGAACUGAGCUCGAAUGGUAAAAACCCUCUUCCACUCGCCCAACAGCCACCUCCUCCUGCCCACUAUCAUUUCCUCCACCAACGAGGGCUACAGCUCCAACAGCAUCAAGCUGAAAUGUUGUCUAGGAAGAGUAAUUGUGGGAUUAACUUCAACUUUGAUAGCUCUAGCUGCACACCUACCAUGUCAUCAACUAGGUCUUUCAUUUCUUCUCUGAGUAUAGAUGGUAGUGUAGCUAACAUGGAUAGUGGGAAUGCCUUCCAUUUAAUCGGCGCACCUCGAUCCUCGGAUCAGGGUUCCCAACACAAAAAGAAGUGUUCUGGUAAGGGAGAAGAUGGGAGUGUCAAAUGUGGAAGUAGUGGGAAAUGCCACUGCUCAAAAAAGAGGAAACAGAGAGUAAAGAGAUCAAUCAAGGUUCCUGCUAUCAGUACCAAGCUUGCUGAUAUUCCUCCUGAUGAUUAUUCAUGGAGGAAAUAUGGGCAGAAGCCAAUCAAGGGUUCUCCUCACCCCAGGGGAUAUUAUAAAUGUAGCAGUAUGAGAGGUUGCCCUGCGAGGAAACAUGUGGAGAGGUGCUUGGAAGAGCCGUCGAUGCUUAUUGUUACGUAUGAAGGUGAGCACAACCACCCAAAGUUACCGUCACAAGCAACGACAUAAUCUCAGUGGAAACAUUGCUAAAGAAUUCUUCAAGUCUUUCAAUGUUCAAUCUGGUCAUGUACAUAUUUUGCAUGGUUCAAGCAUGGGAUAAAUAGGAGCAGUUUCUUUCUUCUUUUCUCCCUUCUUUUUGAGGGGCUUUGGAAGGUUGGCUUUCCAAGCCUUUUCUAAAAAUUCGGCAGCCGACAUUAAAAGCCUAGUGCUGGACCGAAACGAGAUUGUGGAAUUGAGGUUUAAAUUGUAAAGAACUGUUUCAUCUUCCAUGGCAAUGAAAAGCUUGAAAGGGGUUGAACUUUUUGAAUUAAAUGAAAUGCCAUUAGUGCUGCCCAA